GCAACAACGAUAAUAACAACAUUAACCGCAACAUCAACAAUAACCUUAAAUUGUUGAAAUGUUUGUAAAUACACACGCACACACACACACACAAGCGCGCGCUCAUGCGCACAAACUACAGCGAAAUAAAUAGAUAAACAAUACGACUGCCAGCCACACGAAAUCACUACGAAAGAAAAACGAGUUAAGAAAGCGAAAAAACAACAACAACAAAACGGUAUGGUAGAAUCGUGCGACGCUGUUAGCCGCUGUUAAUUAGCAGUUUACGAUAGCAGCAGCAGAGGAUAAUGCUGUAAACGGCAGCGCAGAUAUGAUGGCAACAGCAACAACAACCACCACAGCAAGCGAUCUGCGUACGAUCCUAAUCCGUUUAGGUGAGGUUGCUCAUCCGCACCGAUGUCGGCGUCGCCGUUCGACUUACAGUCACGCGCUGCGUCGGCGCUAUUGUUGCUAAUUUGUGCAGCGCGGUUGGGCGCGUCGCUAGCUACGGUGCGCGCAUGUUGGACGUUGGCGUGCAGUCGCUGCUGUAGCCAGUUUUUCACUUUUCAAUACGCGCUCAAGUGCUGCUGACUGUCGGCACGGCCGCUGCUGCAGGUGUUGUGGUCGUUGCUGACUUAAGUCAAGUUGAGUCUGUUUUUGGCUGCGCUGCGCUACAACUACUCAAAGUGGAAUAGAAAUUUUUGCAACGAAACUCAGUCAGUUUUACAGAAAUUCAAGCAAAAUUGUUUUCCAGUGUCGAAACGAUCCAUUACACUAUAUAUCUUUGCAAAUAUUUGAUUCCAAACAUCACUCCGAACUUCAAGAUAAAAUACCCUAAUCAACUCAAGUAGAAAUGAACAACAACAUAAAGGAAUUCUCCAGUAUAGAGGAUCAGUUUAUUACGCCCGUCUUAGAUGAGUCGCCAAUACAGAAAUUUUACAAGGAUAAGGGCGUAUUUCUCACCGGCGGAACCGGUUUCUUUGGCAAAAUCAUAAUAGAAAAAUUGCUGCGCAUCACCGAAGUGGCUCAAAUUUAUCUGCUCAUUCGCACCAAAAAGGGCAAAGACGUCUACUCACGCAUCGACGAUCUGUUCAAUGAUCCAGUGUUUGAGAAAUUGAAAAAAUGCAAUCCCAAGUAUCGGCAGAAAAUCACUAUCAUCAGCGGUGAUUGCUCGCUGCCCGCGUUGGGCAUCACGCAAACCGAACGUGAGCUAAUCAAGGAGAAUGUAAACAUUGUCAUUCAUGGGGCGGCGACGGUGCGUUUCGAUGAGAAAUUGAAAAUGGCCAUUGCCAUAAAUGUGAACGGCACCAAGGAGAUAUUGCAGCUGGCGAAGGAGAUUGUCCACUUGAAGGCCUUCGUACACGUCUCAACAGCCUUCGCCCAUUGCAAUCAUCGCUAUAUACAGGAGCGUUUCUAUCACAGCGCCAUUACCGGUGAGAAUGCCUGCAAGCUGGGCGAGUGCCUCGAUGAGCAUACGCUCAACGAGCUGACAGCGACCAUAAUCAAAGGAUAUCCGAACACGUACACAUACACUAAGGUCCUGGCGGAGGAUAUUGUGCAAAACUAUGCGGAGAAAUUGCCAGUGACGAUAUUUCGGCCAGGCAUUGUUAUCACCACAUACAAAGAACCCAUUUCCGGUUGGAUCGAUAACAUGUAUGGACCGUGUGGCAUAAUCGUCGGCAUAGGCUCCGGUGUGUUGCGUGUCUUUAGCGGGAAGGUGGACAACAAAGCAAACAUAGUGCCAGUGGACUUGUCGGUAAAUGCGCUGUUAGCUAGCGCCUGGGAUAUUGCACGCAAUACUUACGAUACACCGCCCAUCUACAACUAUGUGCCAGAUGCCGACAAUAUGGUCACUUGGAAGGAGUAUAUGGAAUAUGGUUUCGAAUAUGGCUGCAAUAUACCAAUGCGCAAAUCGAUUUGGUAUCCACGCUUCACAAUCGUACCCUGGCGUUGGCAAUUUGUGAUCUUAUCCUUUUUGUAUCACACAGUGCCAGCGAUGUUUAUGGAUUUAUCAAUGGUUGUAGUUGGAAAGAAACCAAGAAUGUUAAAAAUCUACCGUAAAAUACACAAAUUCUGCUCUGUGAUGGAAUACUUCAGUUCUAAUGAUUUCAAAUUCGAUAACGAUAACGUGCGCACAUUAUCAGCGAAACUGGAAGGUGCCGAUAAGCAAAUAUUCGGCUUCGAUAUGCGUCAUCUCGAUUGGAAGGAACUAUUUCGAGUCAGUUUGGUGGGGUUACGUUUGUAUGUGGUGAAGGAUGAUCCUAGAAGUGUGCCGGAAUCGAUCAAACGUCAUGCGCGGCUAAAAGUGCUGCACUACACGACGCUCUUUAUUGUUUACUCACUGGUGUUAGCGUUAUUAUAUAAGAUUACUAAUUUCUUCUUUUUCUAGCAGUCAUUUAGCUUAUUUCCCUUUUAAUUACUAAUAACGAGUGUUUUCUAAAGUUUUUUUUCCAAAUACAUAUGUGCAAAAUGCGAAAAAUAAAUAUAAAUUUAUAAA